AUGCCAUACUUGAAUCAAAAGCAAAUAGAAGAGUAUUUAGCUCUAAUAAAUGAUGGAGAGAUUUCGGAAGAUGAUCUUGAGGACUCGGAUACAGAAGGUAAUGAGAAUUUUUAUGAAAAUGGAGACGAUUUGCUUCACGAUCUUGAGAGUCCAUUAGAAGAGGAAAAUGAUGACCCCGAUAAUGAUCCAUUCAUGGCAGGAGACCCGCCAUUGAUAAAUGAAGCUACAGCAAAUGAUCAAGUGCCACAGGUUCCAUUCCCCUCAACAAGUCAAGCUAGUCGCCGAGCAACUAUGAGAGGACUCGUAUGGAAG